AUGGCUUUAAAACGUAUCAAUAAAGAAUUACAAGAACUUGAAAAAGAUCCACCAGCAAAUUGCUCAGCUGGACCAGUUAAUGAUGAUAUGUUUCAUUGGCAAGCAACAAUAAUGGGACCAGGUGAAUCUCCAUUUCAAGGCGGUGUUUUCUUUUUAUCAAUACACUUCCCAGCUGACUAUCCGUUUAAACCACCUAAAAUAACAUUUACAACAAAAAUUUAUCAUCCAAAUAUAAAUUCAAAUGGUGCAAUCUGUUUGGAUAUAUUACGAUCCCAAUGGUCACCAGCACUUACUAUCUCAAAAGUACUAUUGUCAAUAUGUUCGUUAUUGACCGAUCCAAAUCCAGAUGAUCCACUUGUUCCAGAUAUUGCACGUUUGUAUAAAACCGAUAGAGAAAAAUAUAAUCAAACAGCAAGAACGUGGACGAAUAAAUAUGCAAUGUAA